AUGGCAGACAAGGAGAAUGUGCACGUGAAUAUGUGGCACACGCAGGACAACCAUUCGACCAACGUCACCCCAAGCAAUCAAACCUCGGAGCUCCUUCAGGAGAAGAUGAGGGAUCUGCGAGAGAAACUCGAGAAAUUGAAGAGCAAGGGCAAGUCGGGGACCGAUGGCGUCGAUAGCGGCGCAGCCCCGUCUUCUCCCGCAACAGCUGAAGAGAAGCAGGACAAAGCCCCUCAACUAGCGGCAACAAAGAGCAGCAAGCCUCGGCUCAAGCUUCCCACACCGUUGUCGAACGGUAGCGUCGCUGCACGGAAGAAGCCUCGCUUGCCUGGACCUGGUUCGUUGCUCUCGAAGCCCGCCCAGAGAGUGACUAUCGAGGAGGCUCAGGCCCAGCUUGAAGAGCCGCCCGUAGUAGAAGCGCCGCCGGCCGACGUAUUCCGUACUCCGGCCAGCGUGCCCAAGCCCGACACGCCGACCGCAAGAAGCGAGGUCGUCGAGGUGGAGAUUAGCGACUCGAGGAGAGAAGCCCGUAGUGAGGUAUCAUCGGACGCAAUAGCACAGAGAAGAGAAGCGAGGAGGUCACGAGAAGUGAAGGCGCGGCAGACAGAAGAGAAGAAGCAAGUGGACACCGACAGCGGAAAGCGAAAAGAGCAAUCGGAGGCAUAUCCGCCCAUCGAGAUCGUCAACAUCACCGCCGAUAAGGCCAACUUUCGGCCCCUUACAACCGGAAACACCUCCACCUCCGACGCUUCUACCACAGGGAACACCGAGGAGUCGAGCUAUCGAUCCUCUACCUCGAGGCGAACGUCCGAUCGGGACAACACGGCCCCCGAGACCCAGAAGCACACUGAACGAGAGGCCGCCGGAGAGCGAACGAGGGAGCAGGAUCGGGCCAACACCAGCGUGGACCAGGGACAUGACUUGCAAGCGCAGGAGAAGGCGGCGUUGGCGCUCGCCUGCCAGCGAGGUGCCCUGGAGUUCCUGCACGGCUUUGCCUCUGGCGGCACAUCCUUCCUCACGGUUAACGGACGAAGAUACAUGAAGCUCGAUCAGAUUGGAAGGGGAGGCAGUUCUAAGGUCUAUCGAGUCGUGUCGCCCAACUGGACCACAUACGCGCUUAACUACCUCAACGAGAUCGAUCUGCUUAAGAAGCUCAGCCACCACGACAACAUCAUUCGCCUUGUCGAUUCCGAAGUCAGAACUGGCGGCAUCUUUCUUCUCCUCGAGUUUGCCGAGCUGGACCUCGACAGGAUGUUGCGAGCCCAACAGCAGAGGAACAGAACCAUUCUCGCAGAGGUGCGCUUGUUCUGGCAGCAGAUGUUGGAGGCUGUGCACACCAUCCACGAGGAGCGAGUGGUACACGGCGAUCUCAAGCCGGCCAAUUUUGUCUGCAUCCAAGGCCGCUUGAAGCUGAUCGACUUUGGCAUCGCGAAGGCCAUUUCCAACGACACCACCAACAUCGUUCGAGACAAUCAGAUCGGAACUCUCAACUACAUCUCGCCCGAGGCGCUCAUCGACACAUCGCCAGGCCAAAACACAAAGUUCAAGCUCGGCCGUCCGUCGGACAUCUGGUCGCUCGGUUGUAUUCUGUAUCAAAUGGUCUACGGCCGGUCUCCCUUCGCCAUACUCGACAACAUGAUUCGCAAGCUGCAGGCCAUCUCGAACCCCAAGUACAAGAUCGACUAUCCGCCAAUCAACAACCCGCCACUAUUGGAGACGAUGAAGCUCUGCCUCCAGUUUGAUCCUCGGCAGCGACCAUCCAUUCCCGAUCUCCUCAAGCACCCGUUCCUUCAGUAG